GCGCCUCCUCCGCCGCCCCGCGGCCUCCGCCGGCCUCUGCCCCGGCGCGCCCCGGCCGGCCAUGGCGCUCAACCACUUCCUCUUCGCGCAGUGCGUCUGCUACUUCCUGGCCUUCGUCUUCAGCUUCGUGGUGGUGGUGCCGCUGUCCGAGAACGGCCACGACUUCCGCGGCCGCUGCCUGCUCUUCGCCGAGGGCAUGUGGCUGAGCGCCAACCUGACGGUGCAGGAGCGCGAGCGCUUCACGGUGCAGGAGUGGGGCCCGCCGGCCGCCUGCCGCUUCAGCCUGCUCGCCAGCCUCCUCUCGCUGCUGCUCGCCGCCGCGCACGCCUGGCGCACACUCUUCUUCCUCUGCAAGGGACACGAGGGCUCCUUCCUCUACGCCUUCCUGAACCUCCUGGUCAGUGCGUCUGUGGUCUUCCUCGUCUUCAUCGCCAGCACCAUCGUGAGUGUGGGCUUCAGCAUGUGGUGUGACGCCAUCACGGAGAAGGGCACUGUGCCCCACAGCUGCGAGGAGCUCCAGGACAUCGAUCUGGAGCUGAGCGUGGACAACUCGGCCUUCUAUGACCAGUUCGCCAUCGCGCAGUUCGGCCUCUGGGCCUCGUGGCUGGCCUGGCUGGCCAUCGCCACCCUGGCGUUCCUGAAAGUCUACCACAACUACCGCCAGGAGGACCUGCUGGACAGCCUGGUGCACGAGAAGGAGCUGCUCCUGGCCAGGCCGACACCCCGCGCCUCCUUUCAGGAGGAGAAGAGCGCCGUCAUCUAGGGGUGGGCAGGGGAGCCGGCCCCCGACGCCCCCCACCCCUGCCCGGGGCUCAUGGCCCGACCCAGAGGAUCGGCUGGGGACCCUGCCCAGCCCCACCUACCCCUCGCCUUGCAUGUCUCCCCUCGGCACUGCGUGACGGGAGUGGCUGCACUCACCCAGCCCCCCAUCCCACCGCGAGGGUGGUUGUGGAUGGGGGGGCGGGUGCCAGCCCUCAGACAGGGACACACAGGCCCCAGGGUGUCGUCCGGGCCCCACGCGCGUGCAGCACACCUGUCUCGGGGCACUGGCCUGGCGAGCCUGGGCGGGGCGUGUCCACCCUCUUGGGCGCCUCUGGCCCUCCUGCAGGUCGCGCCUCAGCGGCACGGCGUCUCCACCUGUUUGCCCGGGUGUCAUUCCGUGCCAGCCCUGUGGCAGCGGCUGGUGUCCCCAGAGUGACCCCAACCCAUGCUGACCACCCAUCCCUCCUUCUUGCUCCUGAGCCGUGUGUGGGACCUGGGAGCGGGGGGCCAACGGCAGGAAGGAGCUCCCCGGCCGUGUGUUCCCGCCUCCGGCCCUGCGCUUGGCCCACCCCGCUGCAGGGCUGAGUUCCCUGUGCUCCUGCUCCGCGGCCCCCGGCGGCCAGGCCGGUCUCAGGAGCGAAAGCACAGGGUCAGCGGUGUUGCCCGCCGUCCGGUGGUGGCUCUGUGCACGUCCUGGCAAGCAGCCGUGGUGUCAGAGCGGGAAGCCUGCGCCUGGUGCCCCAGGACUGGCUGGGGGAGCCCCGUGGCCUUGCCAGGGGAGGCCCUGGACCCCCAUGUUCGUCUCACAGUGUGGGGAGGUGGGGACAUGGGCUGGGGGGCGCCCCACCUCCUGGGGAUGGGGGGAUGGGGCAGCAGCCACUGUGGGCGUCUGCAGGUGCCUGUGAGUGCCGGUAUGUUCACGUGCGUGUAAGUCUGCGUGGGGCGGGGUGUGAGCUGGGGCGUGUGUUGGCCGCACACGUGCGUGUGUUGUGUGUGAGCGCAUGCACUAGCCUGGGGGUGUGAGUGUGCGUAUGUGCGAGUGUGUGAGCGCAAGUGGGAUGUGUGCCUGCACAAGUGUGAUUGUGAGUGUGUGUGUGUGUGUGUGUGUGUGUGCACCAGAAGGCGUGUGCAGAGAUCGGGGUGGGUGAGGACCCAGCAGCUCCUCUGUACCUUCUCCCACUGGGACCCCCCGCCCCGUGCCCUGGGCGCCCAGUGGACGGUCUGCCUUCCCAUCCGAUGGCGUCCAAAGCACCGAGGCCCCUAGAGGACACGACUCUGUCCACACAGAGGCAGGAAGAGGAGUUGGGGGCCCUGGGACCCCAGAGCUCAGUGACCUCAUUAAUUGGGGGGCUGCUUGGCUAUGGAUCUCCUCCUCCCAGGGCUCCCCGGCUUCUGCACCUGCACGCAGCCCGCUGAGUCCUGUCCAGGACUGGGGCAACCCUUUCCCAGGGCUGAGCCUCCUGCUGCUCACUGCACUCCCCGUGUCUGUGCCUUGUGCUGCCGGAGGCUGGUUUGGUCUCCCAAAUGGGGGGUUCAGGGCCUCCAGAGGCCGUGGGUCUGGGUCUGUGUGGAGGUGUCUAGUGGGGCGGGCAGCCAGGCUCUGGGAAGGAGGAGCAGCGCCGGGCCAUGGGCUCCUGCAACCUGAGGGCCCACUGCAGGUUCGGGUCUCAGGCCGGCAGGGACGUGCGCCCACACUCACCUGUGUCACCCACACAGCUGGACGGUCGUCACGGACCUGCUCGGGCUGGUGGAACCCGGCACCUCCCGAUGUCCAUGUCUGGGGUCUUAGGGACAGCUGGGCCCUGGGAGCGGGUGGUGGGACCACGCUGUGUGCCCUGCAGGGGACAGGGGUUGGGGGGCCCUGGGGCAGGCAGGACGGGCAGGGCCCAGGCUUCCUGAGACAGGACCCCAGGAUCGCGUCUGUGGCGGUGCCUUGCUUCUCCCAGCUGCUGUCGGACGACUCGUCUUUGUUUUAAUUCUACUUCUGACGAAAUUGAAAGUCAUGGUUCUUCCAGUUCAGUGUAUGUAUUUCUCAAAGUCAGAAUAAACACCAGAGUUCCUGA